UUCCGGGCGCUAAGGGGAGACAAGGCAGUGACGACCUUGUCUAACGGUCCGUCCGCCCCAGAUACCCCUCUUUGGUUGCACCGUUUGAGAUGAGGGUACAUCUCUGGAAGCAGGAUCCAAGAAAAAGGGAGGGGGCCGCGGCGGACCGCUGUCGGUCGGCCGGAAGGCGACGUCCGCCCAAAGCCAGCCUGAGGGAAUGCAGGGAUUCACGGGUCCUACCGGCGCCCCGCCCCGCGCAUGCUCGCGCACUGAGAGUCAGCUGGCUGCGCAGGCGGUCACGGGACGCGGGGCGGUGCCCAGCCAGCUGGAGGGAGGGAAGCGUUAGGUCGGGAGGGAAGCGAACUGCUGGACCAGCGGCGACGGUAGCUGCAGCAUGGCCGCGAUCUAUGGGGGUGUGGAGGGGGGAGGCACACGGUCCAAGGUCCUUUUAGUCUCAGAGGAUGGGAAGAUCCUGGCAGAAGCAGAUGGACUGAGCACAAACCACUGGCUGAUCGGGACAGACAAGUGUGUGGAGAGGAUCAAUGAGAUGGUCAACAGGGCCAAACGGAAAGCAGGGCUGGAUCCUCUGGUACCUCUUCGAAGCCUGGGCCUAUCUCUGAGCGGUGGGGAGCAGGAGGACGCAGUGAGAAUCCUGAUCGAGGAGCUGAGGGACCGAUUUCCCUACCUGAGCGAAAGCUACUUAAUCACCACUGAUGCCGCCGGCUCCAUCGCCACAGCUACACCGGAUGGUGGAAUUGUGCUCAUCUCUGGAACAGGCUCCAACUGCAGGCUCAUCAACCCUGAUGGCUCUGAGAGUGGCUGCGGCGGCUGGGGCCAUAUGAUGGGUGAUGAGGGUUCAGCCUACUGGAUCGCACACCAAGCAGUGAAAAUAGUGUUUGACUCCAUCGACAACCUAGAGGCGGCUCCUCAUGAUAUCGGCUAUGUCAAACAGGCCAUGUUCAACUAUUUCCAGGUGCCAGAUCGGCUAGGAGUACUCACCCACCUGUAUAGGGACUUUGAUAAAUGCAGAUUUGCUGGGUUUUGCCGGAAAAUUGCAGAAGGUGCUCAGCAGGGAGACCCCCUUUCCCGCUAUAUCUUCAGGAAGGCUGGGGAGAUGCUGGGCAGACACGUUGUAGCAGUGUUGCCUGAGAUUGACCCGGUUUUGUUCCAGGGCGAGAUUGGCCUCCCAAUCCUGUGCGUGGGCUCUGUGUGGAAGAGUUGGGAGCUGCUGAAGGAAGGUUUUCUUUCGGCGCUGACCCAGGGCAGAGAGAUCCAGGCUCAGAACUACUUCUCUAGCUUCACCCUGAUGAAGCUGAAGUACUCCUCCGCUCUGGGUGGGGCCAGCCUAGGGGCCAGGCACGUCGGGCACCACCUCCCCAUGGACUACAGUGUCAAUGCCAUUGCCUUCUAUUCCUACACAUUUUCCUAGGGGCCUGGUCCCAGCUCCACCCACUCCAAGCUCAGUAGACACUGGGUCUGGAAGGAAGGAGUCCUUUUGCUUCCUUUUUCCUUUUUACAAAAACACACAUGGAAGAAAAUAAAUGCACUUUAUCCACUCCCCAA